AUGGCCACUCGACGCCUCGCUACCUGGUCGCACAACCUCCAAUACUCGGACCUUCCGGAAGAAGUGACCCGUGCAGCUGUUCGAAGCUUUUACAAUUGGGUUGGCUGUACCAUAGCAGGGAGUCAGCACGAAGCUACACAGAUCGCCUACCAAACAAUGUCACCCUUCUUCGGCCCACCUACAGCAUCUCUCCUUGGACAUCAGGGAGGUUCACGUUUAGAUGCUCAGCACGCAGCUUUGAUCAAUGGCAUAGCUUCGCACGUCCAUGAUUACGACGACACGCACCUCGACACCAUCAUCCAUCCGACUGGACCAGUUGCGAGCGCUCUUCUUUCUGUUGCCGAGCGGAGAGGCGGUAUCUCAGGGAAGCAAUUCAUCACCGCUCUCGUGGCUGGUAUAGAAGCUGAAUGUAAGGCUGGACUCGCUGUCUGGCCGGAACACUACGAUGUUGGUUGGCAUAUUACCUCCACCGUCGGGUCAAUUGGAGCGGCAGUUGCAGUCUCAAAGAUCUUGGGGCUGAGUCCAACAAAGACUACCCAUGCAAUUGGCCUUGCAGCUACGCAAGUCACCGGCCUUCGAGAGAUGUUCGGUUCACACUGCAAGUCAUUCCACGUCGGCCGUGCUGCUCAAAAUGGCCUGCUAGCUGCUGUCAUGGCCGAAGGAGGCUACACUAGCAGUGAAGUUGCACUUGAGGCGAAACGCGGCUGGGCUACAGUCGUCGGCACAAACAAGUCAGACGUGCUCCAGAACUUGGAUCUUUGGCUCGGUACUGAGAAUGAGGAUGGCUUAGCUGGUGGGAACACCGGUCGCUGGGAAAUUCUUUGGAAUAGCUUCAAGCCUUUCCCGUGCGGGAUUGUCAUUCACCCUGUCAUCGACGCAUGCAUACAAUUGCACGCGGCACUAACGCAGAGAGGACACAGCCCAGCACAGAUCGAGUCUGUUAAAGCACAAGUCCACCCUCUUGUGCUGGAACUCACGGGAAAGAAGACUCCAAGGGAAGGCCUGGAGGCAAAGUUCAGCGUCUACCAUAGUGGCGCAUGUGGUCUCCUCUUCGGCAGAGCCACGCCGUCAGAGUACGAAGACAAUGUUGUACUCGAUCCAGCAGUCAUUGCCAUUCGCAAUCGCAUCACAGCAAAUAUAGACACAAGCAUCGCAGCAGACGCGGCAAAGGUGACUGUUUCCCUUCAAAACGGAGAGAUAUUCACAAAGCACGUCGACCAUGCUGUUGGCAGUCGUACAAAUCCCUUGAGCGACAAGAAUCUGCGACAAAAGUUCAUGGAUGGAUGCAACAGCGUGUCGAUACGUUACGCUGAAGCUGUGAGCCGACGGUGCUGGGAGCUGGAGGCUGUGGAUGAUAUGCGAGAACUUGUAAAAUAUUUGUAG